CAAACCUACCAUGCCUAGCUCAGUCACACAGCGCUUUCUCUUCUCUUGGGUGGCCCUCCUCUCCAGCCUCUGUCAGGGGGAGGGCCGGCCCCGCCUGGCCCAAGAAGGUACACUCCGCCUGGGGCAGGAGGAGAGCCAGAGGGCCCUGGUCUUGGAGGCAGUGAAGACAGGGAUCCUGAGCUCCAUGGGGAUGGAGAGGGAGGCCAGGCCCAGGGAAAUGGCUUCAGAAGAGGAGCUGAGGAGGAUGCAUUGGCUCUACAGGGAAACACUGAGGCAGCUGACAGGGAACUCCAGUCAGGAGGGGGAAACCCAUCAUUUCCCAAGGAGGACAUCCACUGUGCUUCAUCCAGCCACAGUGGAGCCUGUCGAAGUGCUUCAGAGUGAUGAGGAACACCCAUCAGAUGUGCUUUGGUACAGAGCUGUAUUCCACAAGAAUCCACACAUCAGGAAGGAGCUCACUUUGGCCCGGGCUGAGCUGAAGCUCUACAGACAGCUGUUGGAUGGCUCUAAAGCUGCUGAGCCCAUGAUUAGGGAAGAGGUUCAUGUGAAGAUCUAUGAGACGAAACCGCUGAACUCUUCUCUAUUGAUUCACACAGAGACCCUUCUUCAGACGGUCGCUGCAAGAACUGGUGAUUUGACUUUGGACAUCAGAACUGUGGUUGAUAAGUGGAGGGGGAGGUCGGACGGCCACUCUCUGGUUGUGGAAGUAGGACUGGGCGUAGAAGAGGGAACUGAUCCCAAGACGAGCCCUCAGAUGGUCCUGGAGGUAGACCUUGUAGAACCUAGAUCAGCAGGCAGAAGGAGACGGACUCGCUCCAACAAAGAGGACAACUGCGAUGAAGACGGUCGCUGCUGCCGAAAAUCCAUCAACGUGUCCUUCAAGGAGAUUGGCUGGUCAGACUGGGUCGUGGCCCCCGCCGGUUACAACAUGCACUUCUGCGACGGCUCCUGUCCCCACAACUACAAGCCAGCCAGCAUGCACGCGCAGGCGAAGUCUCGUCUUCACCACAUCAACAAGGGAGCAACACCUCGCCCCUGUUGCGUGCCGGCUGCCUACGAGCCUGUGAUCCUCAUGCACUACGACAGUCGGGGAAAGUUGAAGCUCACACCCUUCAAUGACUUGAUUGUCAGCAAAUGCCACUGUGCUUGAGUCCUUCGGGGCAAGCCCAGGCAAGGACAAAAAAAAGAGUCGGAACAAACCUUUUCCCUUUGGCGAGCCAUUAGAUAAAAUGUGCUAGUGCUACAUACUGAAAUAGAAGAGAUAAUGUUUUCAAAGGACUUAAGAAAAUAAUAUUUGUCAUGCUCAAUUAGUGACAUUACUAACGUUAUUUUCAACAGCUAAACAAACAAAAAUACCCAACAUUAUCCAUCAUCUAUGGAUUUUGAGAGAAGUUACUGUGGAGCGAUGACUCUGAACUGUACUAUUUUAUUUGGAAGGUACAUUUUGUUAGUCUCAUGUGGCCCGUUAUAUCAUAUUCUUCCAAGACUAUGUACAAAAUGAUAUUAUUUAUUGUAAUUUAUUUAACAGGGUCUAAAACGUAUUUGUAUUGUUUUUGUAGUGUAGUUUUCAAUAUUACAAUAUUUAG